GAUAAUGGCGGAUUCUGCAUUGGGUUGGGCGGUGAGGCUCGCCAACCGCAGGAAUAUUCCGGUGGCCGUAUUCUUCCCCAUGUCCGCCUCCAUGUUUUCCCUCUUUCUGAAUUUCCAUCUUCUCCAGCACAACGGAGACUUUCCGGUGGUCUUGACAGAAAGAGGCAACGAGCGGGUGGAAUAUCUCCCUGGGCUGUCUCCGACUCGUCUCGUCGACCUUCUCGGCCCGACAGGUGGAACCUACGAUUUCUUCCUUCAGACAAUCUUAGAUGCUUUCUCUCUGUUGCCUAAAGCCCAGUAUCUAAUACUCUCCACCCUCUACGAGCUCGAACUACAAGCCGUCGACGCCAUUCGAGCCGCCCUCUCCAUGCCGGUCUUCACAGUUGGUGGGGCUUUACAGCUUGGGGCCGACAACGCAGCCGACCAGGAGGACUAUCUCCGGUGGCUCGACCAACAGCCCGAAGGUUCCGUACUGUACGUGUCCAUGGGCAGCCACUUGUCGGUUUCGGCCGGUCAGAUGGAUGAGAUCCUCUCUGGUUUGCUUGAAAGCGGAGUCAGGUUCAUGUUGGUGGCUCGCACCGAGCCGGCGGCUCAGUUGAGAAAUGGUGGUUGUGGGGAAAGAGGGCUGGUGGUUCGUUGGUGCGACCAACCGAGGGUUCUGUCGCAUGGGUCAGUAGGAGGGUUUUGGAGCCAUUGCGGGUGGAACUCUGUCAAGGAAGGCGUCCGAGCCGGUGUGCCCUUUCUCACGUUCCCAUUAAUGGCGGACCAGUUCUUGAACAGCAAGCUGAUCGUUGAGGAUUGGCGAGUAGGAGAAAGGGUCAGGGAAGAUAUCAUCGUCAAUGACGGAAAUGCUUUGGUGACGAGGCAUGAGAUCGCGACCAAGGUGAAGAGGUUCAUGGACAGGGAAGAGGCUAAGUCCAUGGAGAUGAGAGCCAGAGCCAAAGAGCUUCAGAAAACGGUUCGAAAUGGAGUUUCAGAGGGCGAUAUGAGUUCCUUUGCUAAGGACAUUCUUAAGCAUGUCCAAUGAAAUGUGAUGAUCUUAAUAAACCCAACUUUUGUAGGCCUAUUACACAUGCAUGCAUUUCUAAAUGAAACUCUACGUAAUAAAGCUUUUUAUUCAAUCA